GAUUUCUUAGAAUUAAUAAUGGAAGAAAACAUCAACGAUCAGCUCUAUAUUCCUCAAGUUGCAGAUGACCGAAAGCCAAAAACUGGAAUGAAAUUUGCAUCAAUAGAUGAUGCAUUUUCAUUCUAUAAUCAAUACGCACGUGAAGCUGGUUUUAGCGCAAGAUUAAGCAAUAGCAAAAGGAUGAAGAUGACAAAUGAAGUUGUUUGGAAACAGUUUGUGUGCUUUAAAGCUGGUCAAACAGAUGAAGCCCGUUCACAAAAACGAACACAAAGUGGUUCCCAGAUGAAGACAAGAGCUCGUGGUGAAGUUAGAACUGAUUGUAAGGCAAAGAUUUCCAUUAUCAAGCAACAAACCGGACCUGAAUGGAGUGUUAGUAUUUUCAUGGAAGGUCAUAACCAUGGACUUUCUACUCCCUCAAAUGUGUAUUUGCUCCGAUCACACCGCAGUGUGUCUGUUGUGAAGAGAGUAUUGACUCAACAAUUUUCAGAAGCCAAUAUACCGACUUGCCAGCAAAUGCGACUAUUGGAGAUAGAGUCCGGCGGGCCUGAAAGUGUAGGUUGCACAGAAAGAGAUAUUAUGAAUUUUGAGAAAGAACUAAGGGAUGAACAAAAAGGGAUUGAUGCUGAAACUCUGAUAGAAUUCUUUACAUCUGAGAAAGAGAAGUAUUCAACAUUCUUCUUUGAUUAUGAGACUGAUUCAGAUAAUAAGUUCAGAAGAUGUUUUUGGACAAAUUAUAUUUCAAGGAGGGCCUAUAGUGUAUUUGGCGAUGUUGUUUGUUUGAUUCCACAUAUAACACCUAUUAGUAUGGAAUGAUUUUUACACCUUUCGUAGGGGUUAAUCAUCAUCAUCAAACAAUUGUUUUUGGUUGUGGAUUUCUAAGUGAUGAGAAGACUGAAUCAUAUGUCUGGCUGCUUAAUAAGUUUAUGGAAGCUAUGCCAAUAGGUGCACCAAAAGCAAUCAUCACUGAUCAAGAUCCUGCUAUGACAAAAGCAAUUGCACAAGUUCUGCCUAAAACAGUGCAUCGUUAUUGCUUGUGGCACAUAUUGAACAAAUUCCCAGAUAAGAUUUCUCCAGUGACUUUCGAGAUCACUAUCAGAGUAUAAAGAAUGUUAUAAAAAACUCUACAUCUCCUGAGGAAUUCGAGCAGAGCUGGGAAGAGGCUAUUCGAUGUGCUAACUUGGAGCAAAAUAGUUGGAUAUUAUUGAUGUAUGAAUUGCGGCAUAAGUGGGUUCCGUCAUAUUUUAGUCAUGUAUUUUUCGCUGGAAUGUCAAGUAGUCAGAGAUCUGAAAGUUCGCAUUCAUUUUUCAAAAAGUAUGUUUCGAACAAGAACUCAUUGAUAGAUUUCAUCACACGAUUCAAUAGGGCACUAAGACACCAAAGACACAAUGAGUUAGUUGCAGACCAUAUUGAUAUGAAUGAGCAUCCAAAAAUCAAAACAAAUUGGCCAAUGGAAAAUCAAAUGGUUAAGGUGUACACAAAAAAUGAAAUGGACGGAGUUUCAAGAUGAAAUUAGUCAAAGUCAUGGUUACUUUGUGCAACAUGCCUCUACAAGAGAUGAUUUAGUGAUUUACAAUGUGGUGAGUUUUCAAGAUUGUUCAUCCUCGAAACCAAGGCUACUCACGCAUGACAAACAGAGAGACCAUGUAUCAUGUAGCUGUGGAAAAUUUGAGUUUGAUGGUAUUCCGUGCAGACACAUGUUAGCUUUCUUUCGCGUUAAUCAAAUAUUUCAUUUACCUGAAAAGUAUAUAGUCAAGCGAUGGACAACAAAUGCAAAGAUUGAUGUUAUAUAUGUCAUAGAUGAUCAAAAUGCUAAUGGUGAUCCGGUAAGAUUUUUGAUGUCACGCCGCUCCAAGUUAUCUUAUAAGGCUUCAGUAUUGAUUGAUGAUGCAUCUUUGACUGAGGAGGGGACAAAACUUUUGGAUGAACAAGCUUGAUUACAUAUAUGGUAAGAUCAAAGAGAUGAGUAUUAAUCCAACGAUUAUCUACGAAAGCCAAAGAAGGAAGAGUUUGGAUAAAACCAGAAAUAUUAGCGAUCCUUCUGAAAUAAGAACAAAGGGAUGUGGAAAGCGAAUGCUAUCAUCGAAAGAGAAGUCAACUUCAAGAGCUAGGGUGUGUCAUGGAUGUGGCCUUCGUGGAGUAUCACAUGACAAACGUAAUUGUCCAAACUUGCAUAAUGGAUCAAUUACAGAUGAUCAUCACGACAACAGUGAAAAUGGAGUUGAAGAAGAUUGAAGUCCAUAGCUGGUGCAAAUGCAUGCUUUGAGCUUUUCUACUGUGCAAAUUUGAACUAUUGUUGAUAGAUUCAUUUUUAUUUUUAUAAAGCUGUGAGAAUUUAUAUAAUUCUUAGUUGGUUGCUAUUUAAUUAA